AUGCCAACGCUCUCGAUUGAAGAUGAAGCUCUCCGUGUUGGUAUCAACUAUCAUAUGUGUCGCCUCAAAAACAAGCCCUUUGAUCCAAAUCCAGAAGCCAUUGCCGCUGGUAUGAUUGUCCAGCCACGCGAGCUCUUUUUCGAUGUGAAUACAAUUGAAAAAGCUGCUGUGUCGAAGAAGUUGGUUCAAGACAUUCGCGCAAAGCAUCAACCAAAUAAUAUGAUCAUCUAUAUUUUGAUCGAUCAGCAACCAUUCUCUCGUGGUGGAGCUCUCUACACUCGUCCACUUGGAUCAAGGCGUUAUGCUCUCGCUGUUCUUGACAAAUAUGGAGACAAUGUUUGGCUUGGAAGUCUUCGCCGCCAAAGUGCGAACAGCUCUAUUGAUGGCGAAUGGCCAGUUGCUUAUCAUGGAACAACCGAUCCGCGUGCUGCUGAAAUUGUUCGUAGUGGUGGACUUGAUUUGGAGAAAGGAAAGCGCUUUGCUUUUGGUCAUGGCAUUUACUGCACUCCUGAUCCAAAGACUGCACUCGCUUAUGCAUCGACUUACAAACACGAUGGAAAAACCUACAAGUUGAUUGUUCAGGCUCGUGUCGAUCCAUCUCGUCGUGAAAUUGUGCCCAAGUCGAAACACGGCAGAAGUUGUCUCAAAGCGACCAAAGUCACCGCUCUAUCGGCAAAGCUUGAGUGGAAAAUUGAGCAGUUUGAACGUCUCAUGAAGCUCUCUAAGAACGGGCAGAAUCUCAUCUCGAAGCAAUUUGGCUGUCCAGAAGCUACCGUUGUUUCUUGGGAACUGCACGUCUAUCCAAAUGGAAAACGCGAUGAAGAUGCAACUAACGUGUCAUUCUUCUUGCGUCAAGUUGGCCUCGCGCGUGGUGAGGAGCCGAUCAUGACUGAAUUUCAAAUUUACGCAGUGAAUAAAGAAAACCAACGUGUUAGUGUCUGCCGCGACACGAAGGAUUUCUCCAAUCAACAAGGUCGUGGGAAGUUUCAGGUAUCAAGUUGUUGCAAG